GAUUUGGAUGCGAGAAUGCCUUCGGAGGGCGACGAUGUGCAGUUUGAACCUGCUGCCUCCACUGGACAGGAGCCGAACUCUGGAGAAGGAAGAAAGUACGAGGAAGUGACAGUCAUACAAAUCAGACCAAAAUUGGAUGAAUCCCAACAGAUUGCUCUAAGAAAAAAGCUUGAGCCGAAAUAUGGAUACUUGGAUCCCUGGGCACUUGAGUGCUUACACGAUAUGGAAAAGGAUAAAGAAAAUGCAGAAAAUCCAGAAAUACCUGGAGAAGAUACAGAUAUUGCUGGUGAAAAAGAUGAUAGUUCCAUGCAGGCAUCAAAUAAGCAGACUAAAACGGCAAGAACUAGCAAACAAGGAAAGAAGAAGUCACAACCAAAGGUCGAAAUUUCAAAAGCGGAAGACGUUAAAGGCUUUCUAGGUGACCAAGCUUUGGAAAAAAUCUUACUGAAUAUAAAUGGCAAGUCUAAUGAUGAACAGACGCCAGUUAAGAAAAAGAAAUGGCAGCCCCCCAAAGAUGCGCCUCAAAAUGAAAGUGAUGAGGAAGAGGAAGACAAGGGAAAGGAGCCUCCUUCUUCCGAGGCUUUUGCUGAUACUUCUGACAAUAAUAAUAAAGUUGAUCCUGAGAUAAAGACGCCUGAGCUUCCCCAACCUGAGCCCACUCCUGAUGAAGACAACAGUUCACGCAUGCCAUGGAAUGUGCAACAAAAGAAAAGGCAAAAGCUGAAGAAAAAUGACGCACCUUCCGUGCAAAGUACUCAGGGACCGACACAAGGUGCGCAGCCUCCAUUUCCGCAAAGAGAAAACGCAAAAAAAGGACAGUUUGAUGCACCAAAUACAAAACCUGUGCUCCCUCUGCCAAAAAUUUCUCCUGCCAGAUUGCCUUCGAGAGAAGUCCAGCCAGAACAUUCAUACUCUGCUGUGCUACAGCCUGCUAGAGAACUGGGACAAGGAGAUGGAGAGAACAACCAAUCUCCAGAGGAAAAGAAUUUGCAAUGUAGCCAGAAACUUGAGGCUGACUUCACCUUUCAAAUUGGCCCAGAAGUUAACGAAAGUGAUCACAAAGUUGAAACCCCUGAGGAAAAGGAUUUGAGAAGUAGCCAGAAACUUGAGGCUCAAAAUGGCCCAGAAGUUGAUGUCCAAGAUAAAAAUAAUGAAAACCCACAGGCUCAAGGAGAUGGAGAGGACAACCAAUCUCCAGAGAAGAAAGAAUUUGAAGGUAGCCAGAGAGUUGAGGCUGGCUCCACCUUUCAAAUUGGCCCAGAAGUUAACGAAAGUGAUCACAAAGUUGAAACCCCUGAGGAAAAGGAUUUGAGAAGUAGCCAGAAACUUGAGGCUCAAAAUGGCCCAGAAGUUGAUGUCCAAGAUAAAAAUAAUGAAAACCCACAGGCUCAAGGAGAUGGAGAGGACAACCAAUCUCCAGAGGAAAAGAAUUUGCAAUGUAGCCAGAAACUUGAGGCUGACUCCACCUUUCAAAUUGGCCCAGAAGUUAACGAAAGUGAUCACAAAGUUGAAAACCCUGAGGAUCAAGUUCAAGUAAUGGAGGCUGACAAAGUGCUUAAACAGGACCCAAAUUCUAAUGAGUCAAGAGUUGAGGAAGACGACCAAUCACAAAAAGAGGAUUCUGACCAGUCUGAAGGUUCGUCAGGCGACCCAAGUGAGGAUGAGGAACCUUAUAAUGAAGAGCCAGAUUUUAUUGAGUCAGAUUUUAAUGAGCCAGUUACCCCGUUGGCAGAAACCAUGGGAAACUACAAAUUUUCUGAUGAGGGAAACUUCUCCUCAGAGGAAACAGAGCUUCCACUGCCAACUAACGUUCUAGCCAGAACCUCAGGGACUCAGCAAAGACAAGAAUUGAAAGUUAUGCCCCCAAGAGAUGAUGAAAACCAAGUUCCAGCCAUGCCUCCACCAAUGGGACGCCACGAGAAGGACCGCAAUGAAGCCCAGGGACAUGGCGUUUCUAAAUCAAAGACGCCACCAAAAAUAAAAACUGAGCGAGCCCCUGCUCAGUCUGGACACGAACCGUCAGAAGAUGAAGACAGACGAGAAAGUUCUGGCAACAAUCGUUCUAAAACCAAGACGCUGAAGAAAAGAAAAACUGGGCAACCCCCUGCUCAGUUUGGGGACAAAUUGUCAGAGUGCAAAGACAGACGAGAGAGGCAACAAAACGCUGACAACAAUCGUCCUAAAUCUAAGUCGCCGCCAAAAAGAGAGACCAAGCAAAACCUUAGUCAGUCUAGAGAUGAAUCAGAGGAGGAGAGUGAGCCUCAAGAUAAAUAUGAAGAAGACCAAGUGAAUGAUGAGCAUUACAACCUCAAUAAACGCAGAGACGAGCGAAGGAAGGAUUCAAAUGGAGACCAAUCCAAUAGUGACACCAGAGGAAGCAGAAAUCAAAAUGGUUUCAUGAUAAAAAUUGCCUUUGAGAUCGAGAUUUCCGCCCCUGGCAUGGAAAUUAAGUUCAGUAAAUCCAACAGCAAUUGACCUUGGAAGUCGAGUCAAACGAUGGCUCUUAAGCAUGAGCCAUUUUAGAUUUUAAGUCAACUAUAGUGACAAUUUUCCACUUAAGGAAGCGAGCAUUCAAUUUUUAGCAUUUAAGUGUAUAAUAUGAUACUCAACAUGACCUGCGAAGCUUUUCAAAUGUAAAAUUAUAUACAUUUUAGGAAUGUAAUUUCAAAUUAACUGCAUGCAUACUUUUCUAGUAUUAGCAUUUCUGAAAUCACAGUUGUAAACUUAUCGGCUUAAUGGAAUUAUAUUUU